UUACAAUUCGAAGCUGUAUGGGCAUUGACCAAUGUUUUAAGUGGAUCACCCGAAGACACUCAACAUGUAAUUUCAUUGGGAUGUAUUGAAAAAAUCCUUAAACUCAUAGAAUGUAAUGAAAGUUGUGCGGAUUUAGUGGACCAAUGCGUUUGGGCAUUAGGAAAUAUUAGUGCUGAUAGUGCAGGUUCCAGAGAUUUGGUAUUGAGUCAUGGAACUCUAUCAAUAAUAUUACCAUUUUUUAAAACCAACAAUCCAACAAACCAGCGAUUAAGUUUCUUAAGAAAUGCAACAUGGGUAUUGGCAAAUAUGAUGGGAGGUCAACCAAGUGUAUCAAUAGAAUAUGUCAAAGAUGUAUUUCCAAUUUUGAUUGACCUAAUCCAGAACCAGACUGACGAACAAGUUCUUACUGAUGCCUGUUGGGCUCUCUCCCAUACACUUGAUAGACCUCAUAUAAGUAAUGUGAUAGAAUCAGGUCUAUUAGAGGCACUACCCCAACUACUCAACCAUUCUAACCAGGUAUUGAGAAAGGAAGCUGUUUGGAUAUUAUCUAGUAUUGCUGCUGGUACUGUUUCACAAGUGCAAAAGGCAAUUGAUGCAGGAUUAGUUCAGCAAGCUUUUGACAUUCUCAAUAACAGC